CACUUUGGGUUCUUUUACAUCUAAACACCGGAAGCGGCAAGUUUUCAACAGUCAUCUCUUAUUUUAUAUUUCUUCGUUAAAAUUUACAUUAACAAAGCUUUAAAAUGGCUGGGAAUGUGCGUACAAUAGAAACCGAUCCAGAGUUUGAUGUAGAACUCACGAAUGCUGGUACAAAACUUGUUGUUGUUGACUUCUAUGCAACUUGGUGUGGACCAUGUAGAAAUAUUGCCCCGGUGUAUGUGCAGCUGAGUGAGAAAUACCCAAAAGCUGUUUUCCUAAAGGUUGAUGUGGAUAAAUGCCAGUCCACAGCUCAGGACCAAGGUGUGUCAGCAAUGCCCACUUUCAUAUUCUACCGGAAUAAAGUAAAAAUUGAUUCACAAAGAGGCGCUGACCCAAAUGCUCUUGAAGAAAAAAUAAAGAAGUGGUAUGGAGAAGCAGAUGAUGAUGGUGGUGAUGAAGUGACAGUCAAAGGUCAUAUGGACUUGUCUUCAUUUAUCAACAAAUCUGGUUGUGAAUGUUUAAAUGAAAGUGAUGAUAACCCCCUAGCUCAUUGUCUUACAUCCAAGGGAGGCUAUCUGGAAUCUGACUGUGAUGAACAACUGUUAAUAAGCAUAGAAUUCACACAGCCUGUUAAACUACAUUCAUUAAAGUUAUACGGUCCUAAAGAUAAAGGACCAAAGACUGUAAAAGUGUUCCAGAAUCAACCGAGAUCAUUAGACUUUGAUUCAGCAGAUGGUAUGACCCCCACACAACAGUUAGACUUGAAUUCAGAUGAUAUUCAAGAAGGUAAUUUGGUGCAGUUGAGAUACGUUAAAUUCCAAAAUGUAUCAAAUAUAACAUUAUUUAUAAAAGAUAACCAAGAAGGAGGGGAGGUAACUCAGUUGGAUUAUCUUGGUUUUAUUGGAACUCCCGUAGGUGCGACAAAUAUGAGUGAUUUUAAAAGGGUUGCUGGCAAGAAGGGUGAAAGUCACUGACACUGUGAUAUUGAGAAUGAACUCGUUUUUGUCUUUUGUGUUUUUU